AUGGAGUCUUUUGAAGGACCUAGUCAUGUUAACAGGGCUAACUUAUUACAAAUCCCCAUUGUAAAUGAUUCCACUUCAGAGGACGAAGAUGUUAAUGUUGACAUUAAACUUCGUUACUCUCCACGUCCCCGAAGGCGGAAUUCUUCAGUUUCAGAGGAAGAAGAGGCAGAAACUCCCACCAGCAUCUCAAGAAAAGUUUCAUUUGCUGAUGCAUUUGGAUUUGAUCUUGUGUCGGUUAAAGAAUUCGAUAUCUGGGAAUUUCCUAACAUGGGACAAGAAGAUGAUGUAGAAGAUGAAGUUUUCCCUCAGGAAGAGUACUUUUUCUCCCAGCAGUUUACACUACCUGCAUCUCAAGAGGAACUUUUACAGAAAGUGAGAGAGCAGAAAGUAGCGCUGGAGUCAGUCCUGCUUCUGCCUGGCGUUACCUGUAUGAACGGCAUUGUACGAGUCCUCAAUGUAUCCUUUCAAAAACAGGUCUACGUUCGAAUGACAUUGAAUAACUGGCUCAGUUAUUACGACAUYCUUGCAGAGUUCAUGCCUAAUUCUUGUGGCAGCGAAACGGAUCAGUUUUGCUUUAAGAUUUCUCUGGUGCCUCCUUACCAGAAAGAUGGAGUUAAAGUGGAGUUCUGUAUACGCUAUGAGACAUCAGUUGGUAUCUUCUGGGCAAACAAUGAUGACAAAAAUUACACGUUGAUUUGUCACAAGAAAGAAACUGUGCCCAAGGUGGAUAAUAAACCCCAGAAGGAGGUUACAGAUAGGUGUCUUAAAGGCUGCUUAAAGACAACACAAAGCAGAAAAGAAGAAAUAUUGGCAACGUCUGAUGAUGGCACAUGGAAUAACUCAAGGACUUCAGGUACAAACAUCCCAGAGAUUGUUUAUUCACAAGCAGAAGACAAAGACACCAAACGAGCUAAUGAAAAUAUAAAAGAGAAAAAUGCAGAAUACAUCCAGGGUGAUCACAAAGAUGAUGAAAAAGAAUUAGAGUUGCUGUUAAAUCAGCACUUCACAGGAGCUAGAGGUACCUCUUCCAGAGAUGAAAGGAAUUUAUACACAACAGAGCCAAUUAAUUUUCCAAGUGAAACUGAAAGAUCGGUGAAAAAUCUAACCUGUAUAGAAAGAAGCAAUGACUUGCGCCCUGUGCCUAUCAGGUCCUCAUCUGAAAACCCUUCACGUGCAAUAGGAGAAGAAUUGAAAGAUAAAGUUAAGUAUUCUGUAAGAGAUUAUAAUAGUCAGCUACCAGGGAAGGAAGUCACUGAUGGCUCAGUAAACAGCUAUGAGCGGUCUUUGGAACAUACUGGUACCAGUAAAAGCCUUUUAUCAGCAAAAUAUUUUCCUGUGACAGAGCAGAAUGAUGCCAUCAACAUUAAGGCUACUGGCUCAAACGAACAAGGAGAGAGGCGCACAGAUAUUUCAAAAGGUGAAAUAGAUAGUGUCUCGGGAAGUAAGAUGAUGGAGAGGUUAUUCAUCAGUGAGGAUGCUGCUGGUACCUCAAAAGCAGCCUGUGAAAGAACACCAGAAUCCGUUUUGCCAGAGCGUGAUGAAUCUGUGCAAUUAAAUGCAKGCAUAGCAAGGACGCUGGAUGGCAAAGCUAAUCCAGCUCCGGAGCAGCAGGCAACACAAAUGUCUCACCAAACUCUGGAUUCAUUGUUGUCAGAUACUGACAAAAAUGAAGGAAAAAUCAAGAUUGUUGAAAGCAAUGUUCAGGUACAUUUAAGAGGMGAUUUAUACGCCAGCACCUUUUCACAUGCUGGUGUCUCAAAAGAUUCCACACAAAGCCAAUAUGUGCCGAAAAAUGGAGUUGGUGAAAUGUCAGAAAAGAGUUCUAACACCGAUGUAGGAAAGGAGAAGAAAGUCAUUGAAGUUGCAGACCUGGCAUCARUUGGUGAGGAAGAUUCCAAGCCUUUCAAGUCUUACAGGAAACAUAAUGCCAAAGCCCUGAACCCAGUACCUAUGCCAGUGGAGAAUAACAAGCAGGCACCCAGGGCUGCCAAGGUGGAUGAAAAACGACCUGAGGACACUCAGGAACACAGAGGAUUCAGGAGAUUAAAAGACACAGAGAAGUCAGAAAACACAAAUAAAGGAAGACCAUUUGGAAGGGAAAGUGAAGCAAACUCUGUGGAGCAGAGGCGGCAAGAAACGGGGAGUGAGGGUCGGUGGGGAGUGAGGGGGAGCAUGGAACCUCAGAGCACGACUUCCACAAAGGAGCUGUUUACCUGCCAGGAGGCAGAGAGUUGUGAAAAGUCUUCUGUCUCUGAGCAGGGUAUUACAGAGAAAGCAGAGGCAGGUACAGCUUAUAUAAUUAAAACAACAUCAGAAAGUGCUCCAGAAAAAAUGCCUGGCAGUGAAAAAGCAGUAAUUGCUAAGCUACCUCAAGAGACUGCACUAAGUGACAGGCCCACAGAGGAAAAGGAAACAGCGUUUGAUACACAUGAAGGGAGAAAUGAUGGUUCACAUUAUGCUCUUUGUCAACUCAACACAGUGGGUGUAUUAUAUGACACUGAAUUUGAAAAGGAAUCAGUUUUAGGUAUUUAUAAUGCAUGCGUACAUGAAACAGUGCAAGGAGAAACGAAGUCUGUAUGCAAUAGCAGGGAAAAAUGUGCCAAAGCACAACCAGACAAUAUUCUACCUGUAGGAGAAGCAGUAAAGGCUUCUGCUACAGGAAAGAAAGAAGAUUUGCAGCAGGGUUUAUGUUCAGAAGCAUCUAAAAGUCUCCUGAGCACCCAGAAGCAUCUAUACAGUGAGAAAGCAGAAGAGCUCUAUAGGGAAGAAAGCCAUGUUGAUACAAUUUCCUGUUUAUGUUCUAAAGCUGAAACAAAAAUGCCACCUUCUGGCACAAAUACUAUGCCUAGUUACCAUUAUGAAAGCUCUGUAGUGGCAUCUUCAGAAGGGCUCAAWGAAGAUGGAGGAACAGACUCUCAAUCUGACCAUUUAAUAAAUGAGGGGAAAACACUAAAUUGGCUUGAUAGCUCCACUUCUUAUUGUGCAGGUAUUUCUAACCAGAAAAGUGAAGCAGUUAAGUUGCCUGGUGAGUCUCCAGGUUUAAAACAUACUGCUUUCAAAAUAUUUUAUUUCUUCUUAUUCCUUCUUUUUGCUGUAACACUCUACCACUAUGAUUUGAUGGUCUGUCUUGCACUCUACCUGUUCUCCUUGUAUUGGCUAUACCACGAAGGAAGAAGAAGCAAGGAAUCUAUCAAGAAACAAUAA